CAACACCGACACCGACAUCCUCCUCCUCUUUCUCCCUCUCCCUCUCCCUCUUCUCCUUCUUCUUCUUCACUCACUCACGCACCCUUUCUGACUACCGAAGAAGUCCCUUGUACUCACUCGCUUGUACAUUCUUCUUCUUCUUCUUCUUCUUCCAUCGCCGCCACUUCGACCGGGAAACUCUAAUAGCCUUCUUCUAGCCCAUUCUACCAAACCUCAAACGAAAGUCUGUGUGUUCGCAGCAGUGUAAUUUCGACAAAUCCACCAAUCGAUCACGCUGAUCACCGCCCUCUGAGUUGGAAAUCUGUUCCAGCCUCAGGCUCUGCCCGAUUGGCUUAUGACUCCCCCAGUUGCUCCUGCUGCAGCAGUCAUGCUCUCUUUCCUCCUUGGAUUCGCACAAAUCGACGCUGAAGAGAUUCCCGGUGGCAUUGUUCCCAACAAAAGGCAAGCUGUAGGAACUGGUGUGACGACCACCGCGAGCGAAACCCAAUCCACUACCAUGUCGACUCCUUCAACCUCAGCAACUGAUGUCGAUUCAACCACCGAAUCGACGCCUGCUGCCCCUUCAACCACACAAAACCCUACCACUCCGACCACCGAGACUACUGUCGCUGCUCCAACCGCUCCGACCACUUCUUCUGCUCCUGCUCCUUCACCUUCACCUUCCACACCCGCCAACACUACGCCGACCUCAGAUGCCACUACAGAGACGACAACGCAGCCUGCGCCUUCGCCUUCAACUUCAACUGUACCAACCACGAUCGAAGUGACGACCACAAACUCCGCUGGAUCUGUCGUGACCUCGAGAAUCACCUCAUCAAUCAUAGCAGUGGCAUCACCUACGAGCAGCUCCGAUGCUGUCGUGAAUCUAGGAUCGACCACCAUCAACCGCUCCACACUUUCGAGCAACUUGGUCAUCACCAGGCCUUUCACCACCUCCGCAACUGUUGCCUCCACAUAUACCUCAUACUUCACUCAGGAUGGUACCCUCGCAAGCGCAGUCUUCACUACCCAGCAGGUUCUGGCCACCACUGGUGUAGCCACAUCGACCAUCUCGCCUGAUCUGCAAGGCGGCGGCAGUGGUGGUGGCGGUGGCGGUCUCUCUUCCAGCUCAAAGUCCAUUAUUGGAGGUGUCGUCGGUGGUGUGGGAGGAGCCAUCCUCGUCGGUGGAAUCGCCAUUGUAGCCUGGAGACUCUGGGGGAAGAAGAAGCAACGAGCUGUAGGGCAGCACAGUUACAAUGACUCGAUGGAUCAUAGCCUACAGAAAGGCGAAAGCUCUCCGGCCCAGUUGGCUGGCGGCACUGGACUGGAGAGAUAUCAGCAACCUCACGUCAACACUGCGAGCAACUUUUGAAUCGUCUUCAGUGGUGAAGGGGCGCUGCGCAACUCGACAAGCGAUGCAUUGAUCUUUUUUUCCCUUUCGUGCUGCAUUUCGAGCGUAACGAUGGAUAACGAACGGUACAUCACACAGCGUGCAUAAUUUACUCGUGUCGUAUAUUGCCCAUUUCUGGCAAUGUAGGAAGAAUUUAGAAAGGAAAGUUAGAAAGGAAUGGAAUGGACUCUUGGCAUGGGAAAGAUAUAAAGAACAAAAGCUAUCGUUGCUCUCGUCCUCAGCACAGAGAGGAAAGACUGUCACCACGACAAAUAGGGAUUUUCUUACCUUUUGGGUGUCGAUACCAAUCAAUGUAUAGUAUUUGUUUAAUUACAUGGACAGGACUUGUGUGUGUGUGGAUUCCAGAGUACUUUCGUGAUGGCGAGCUAAUGUCCAAAAAAAGAAAGAUGGUACCUUACUGCUAGAC